AUGAAGAAGCAUGCCCAGAAUACUGCUCUUAUAUAUUUACGGCCAGCAGCUGCCAAGGGGCAAUUUGACAUCGAGAAAUACACCUAUGGCGAGCUUUAUGGCCUCGUUUUGCGCUUGUCUUAUAUUUUGAAAACGGAGUACGGGGUCAAGAAAAAUGACAUUGUGUCUCUAUACAUGAACAACAGUCCACUAUUUAUUAUGAUAUGGCUAGCUUUGUGGAACCUGGGUGCAAUCCCAUGCUUCCAGAAUAAUAAUCUGACCCAUAAAGCACUGGUACAUUCGCUUUCUGUUGUUGACUCCAAGCUUGUGUUUGUGGACGAGGAGUGUAGAAGCCUUUUUGAUGGAACUAAAGACGAGAUUCAUGAAAAGAUUCCUGAUUUGAGAUGUGUCUAUGUUGACCAAAAGGAGUGGCUCAAGAAUAUUCAAAAUCCUUCGUCUCCCACCUUUAGACUCGAUGAUGCAGAUCGGGAUAGAGAUCUGCUAUACUACAAGCCGGCAGUACUGAUAUUCACCAGCGGAACCUCUGGAUUACCGAAAUCUGCUGUCAACUCAUGGCGAAAAGUGUUCUUUGCUUCUUAUUUCUUCCCCCAUGCGGUGAGACUCAACGGCUCCACUAACAUGUACACCGCGAUGCCGCUAUACCACGGCACUGCGUCCAUUCUUGGUGUGCUCCCUAUUCUGGCUCACGGUGGCACGCUUUCUUUGGGCACAAAGUUUUCUCUCUCUUCCUACUGGACUCAGGUCAGGCUUGCUGGAGCCAAUACUAUCCAGUACGUGGGUGAGGUGUGUCGCUACCUCCUUAAUGGACCAGCUACAGAGGACGAGAAAUGGUGUCAUGGAAAAAUCAGACUUGCUGUUGGAAACGGGCUGCGUGCUGAUAUAUGGACGAAAUUCAAGCAAAGAUUUGAAAUCCCUGCUAUAGGAGAGUUCUACGCCAGUAGUGAGGGACCUUUUGCGACGACAUGCUACGAGCAAUCGGGAAUUGGCAUUGGCUGCAUCAGAAACCAAGGAUGGCUAGCAGAUAAAGUUCUGAGUGUGAUGUAUUGCCUGGUCAAGACGGAAAAGGAUGACGACGCAACGCUAUACAGAAACGAACAGGGAUACUGCGAGAAGCCUCGGGCUGGAGAAAAUGCCGAGCUCCUGAUGCAUGUUCUGAACCCAAGAAACAUCAAGGCCACCUUCCCAGGAUAUGUGAAUAACGAUGAUGCAACGUACUCGAAAAUUGUGCGCAACGUUUUUCGCAAAGGUGACGCGUGGAUCAGAACUGACGACCUCUUCCAGUACGACGAGUAUGGAUGCAUCAAAUUUGUGGAUCGACUGGGCGACACAUAUAGGUGGAAGUCUGAGAAUGUGAGCACCACUCAGGUGGAAAAUAGUCUACAAUCACAUCCUCUAAUUGAUGUCAGCGUCGUCGUGGGAGCAAGGGUUCCUAAUCACGAAGGCCGCUGCGGCUACGCUAUUUUACAGACCAAAUCGAGGAACAAGGAAUCUGAAGACGAGAGAGCAAAACUGCUUUCAGAGCUGGGGGCACUAGUGUGGUCACAGUUACCUCAUUUUGCACGCCCGUGCUUUGUCAAAUUUGACAUCAUUGAGCACACCCACAACCACAAGGUAUCGAAAAAGAGAUUCAGAGACCCUGUCCUGCCAUUUGGCCCGAGCAAUAAAGAUUCGGUCUACUAUCUCAACCUCAGCACUAAAAAGUAUGAGCCGCUCACCGAUGAAAUUUACCGGGGCAUUGCAUCCGGAUCGAUACGAAUUUGA